GCCGUCGUCGCUUCUAACCCCAAUCCCCGGCAGCCUCUGAGGCUCCGCCUCGCUGGGUGGUGGCGGUGCCGCCUCCCCGUCACGACACUAGCGGCCUUCAGGCCAACGAGGGUGAAGAGGCCCGCCUCGGGAGCUGCUGGUAGGCCCAGCUGGGCAGAAGCGGGAAACUGCGAGCGAUAGCUAGGUCGAUGGCCGGCGCGCGGAGACACUGAGCAGCGCCUGUGCCCGGCGCCAUGGGUCUCCCCACGCUGGGGUCGUAACCGUCACAGGGAGGUGGGUAAAAUGUGACUUCCCAGGAAAAUGAAACCAAGUGGUUUGAAAAGCAGCAGCAAAGGACAGCUCCCCUGUGAUAUGCAAGGAAGAACUGAAAGAAACAGACCUCCCCUGAAAACUGUAAAGAAGGAUUCCACAAAAUCAGAUAAACUAAAAUACAAACCACUUACUGGGAAGGUGUUUUACCUUGAUAUUCCAUCCAACGUCCUCUCUGAGAAAAUAGCAAAAGAUCUUAAGGAAUUGGGAGGGAGAGUGGAAGGAUUCCUGAGCAAAGAUAUUAGCUAUCUGAUCUCUAAUAAAAAGGAAGCAAAAUUUGCUCAAACUCUUGGACAAGUAUCUCCAGUCCCAAGCCCAGACUCUGUAUAUAAUGGAGGAAACAGUUCACCUCAUCCAAGCAGCAGAAGAGACAGGCAUGAUGGAAGUUCAUUUAAGAUGGUGGACACAGUACGUAUGAGUAGAGGAAAAUCCUUAGUUGAAAAAGCAAUAAAAGAACAGGAAUUAAUCCCUUCUGGUAGUAUACUAUCCAAUGCCUUGAGUUGGGGAGUGAAAAUACUUCAUGUUGACGACAUUAAGAAUUAUAUUGAUCAAAAGAAAAAAGAUAUCUCUCUGAUCAAGAAAUCAAGCACAGAAAUCAAAGAUGUGGAAAAAGUGGGAACUGAUCAGAAAACCAAAAGUAAACUGAAAAAUCCUUUUCUGAAGGUAGAAGACAGAAGAUGUCGCUACAGACCAUUUUACUUGCAACUAUCCAGCUUUCCCAUUCUCAACUAUUCUAACCCAAAACCUUGCAGUCCAUUUGAAGUUGAAAAGAAGAAUAUGAAUGGUCAGAAGCAAAUUCAGAAUAAACAAAGAAACCCAGCAAACAAUGAUAAAGAGAAGGGUCCAGCUCAGGUUCCUGCAAAGCAUAAAAAGAGAAAAGGGUAUUGUGAAUGUUGUCUGAAGAAGUAUGAUGACCUUCAAGCACAUGUUGAAAGUGAACAACACAAGAACUUUGCACAAAGUUCUCAUUAUCAUGUUGUGGAUGACAUAGUUUCCAAGUUUCCUUGUGACUUUGUAGAGUUAAGAGAGAAUACACCAAAAAUUAAAAGGCGAAAAUGUAGUGUCGGACAAUUUGCUCCCCUCAUUGGAACAAGAACAGAAGAUCUGAAAGAACGACUGAAGAGGCAAGAUACUCCUUUGAGGUGGUAUUCUAGGAAAAGCAUUACAAUGCAACCACUGAAUGAAGGUUCUCAACAUGUGCAUCUUAAAUCUGCACAGAAAAAUUCUACCUCUGAACCUUCAUGUUCUGUUUACUCCUAUCACACCAUCUAUUCUUCAGAAACAUCAAGAAAAGUGAGUGGCAAUACUGAAAGUGGUAAAAUGCCCAAAGCUUCAAAUUUAUCAGAGAUUGCUUUAUCAACAAACUUGGUACAACUACCUCUCCAGAAAGAAAGUAAAGUGUGCAUGAAAAACUUGCCUGAAAUUUAUGAACAUUUUGAGCCUAUAUCGAGACAAAGUUUACAAGGGCUAUCAACAAAUUUAAACUCUCUACAAACUCGGAUCCAAGGCUCUGAGUUCAGUGAAAGGCAAAACAUAUCAAAGCCAAAACGAAAAUUGAACCAUACAGUUCUUCUGCCAGCAAAAUGUUUGAAGAAGGUUGACACUCGUUCAGCAGUUGACCUUAGUGUGGACAGCAACAAUUUUCCAAGAGAACUUUCAGUCCUUCUAGAGCCACAAAAGCCAUCACACAGUCCUCGCGCAAACAAAGAGCCCAGUGAGGUGACGGACAUUAGUAUACAAAGCUCACCUUCAAUAAAACUCAGCAGAAAAGUCAUACAUUCCAUAGGAAGGAAUAAAAAAGGAACUCAGAAACCAAAUAUGGAGUUAUGCUUACUGCAGACUGAUGAACCUCCUGUUCCAGAAGAAACAAAAAAUGUUCAAAGCUCAUCAACACAAGCACUAUUACAGUUAUUUCAGACCAGUGAUGCAAACUCUGAUUUUGGUGGUUUUUCAAGUAUACAAGAGAACAAAGAUUCAAGUUUAAUGAAAGACACAUGGGAAGACCAGCAUACAGAUGCUCUGUGGUCUUUGUUUUCUACCUCUGCCUCCUCGUCACCAUUUAUUGGAUUUUAAUGCUGCUUUAUUUAAAACUGAGUUUUGAAUAAACAUGCAAACUGAAAGAUUA